AUGGGAGACUUACUCUGCAACAUUGAUGUAUCAUCUACCAAUAUCGAUCAAGAUCCACCAUGUAAACGACGAAAAUUAGCAUCAUCAUCAUCAUCAUCAUCAUCACCAUCAUGCAAGUUCUCUAUCAACAGCACUUCAUCGAUUUCUUCAUGCAACUGUUCACCUACUCGACUUAAAAUAAAAUCUAAAUAUUUUAAUAAUGCUUCACCUGAACAACAACAACAAUAA